CAGCCGGAAGCUUCCUCCACGGACUGUGUGCAGUUCCUACAGCCACUUCCAGAGCUGGACCCUGCAAUAUUUCCUUACCAACGGCCCAUUUCUCAGCCUGUUUCUCUCCUGUGAACAACUGUGUAUGGAUCGGUGCCCCAGGGCUGCCUAUCACCUGGGCUCUGCUUGGAGCCAGGGCUCUUCUGACCAAGCCAAGGCUCACAGGUGUCUUCCAGCUACUCCAUGAGUGACGCAAACCAGACCACUGUGGGACCCUCGGGACUCCCCACGGUAUCAGCCAUGACCAAUGGGCCAGGCUCUGGGGCCCGGGCAUGGCCUGUGCUGGUGGGGGUUGUGCUGGGAGCUGUGGUCCUCUCUCUCCUCAUUGCACUUGCUGCCAAAUGCCACCUCUGCCGCAAAUACCGCAUCAGCUACCAGCACCGCCCACUGCCCAGGACAAGGAAGGGGAUCUGUCCGGAGGUCGGUGAAGAUGAUGAUGAUGAUGGUUUCAUUGAGGACAAUUACAUUCAGCCUGGGGCCAGCGAGCUGGGGACAGAAGGUAGCAGGCACCAUUUCUCCCUCUGAACCCCGAUCUUUGGACACCCCCUUGCCUGACAGCUUAAGAAUUGUAAAUACUACAAUGAACCUCAGGGAUGGAGGUGGCUAGGAUUUAAGGGCUGACCAGGGAUUGAGCAUUUCUUCCAUCCCUGACACUAGCCACCACAGUGACAAUGACCCUCUCUUGCUCAAUAACUCUCAAUGGCUCCCUGCUAUUCUCAGGAUAAAGCCCAUCAAGGACCUAACUAUGGACAUGAGGCCUCUGUCAGCCUCUUGGUUUGCAUUCUUCCUACUUAACUAGUUAUUAUUAUAUACCAGUUGAUAGCAUUUAGCAGAUGAAAAUCAGUGUGCCAAGUUUCUUAUUGAAUUUUUUCCCUAUCAAUAAAGUGGGUAAUCUAAAUAGUUAUAAUAUAUUCUGUUUUUGACAGGUAUUAAUAAAUCUAUUUUU